AUGCUACCCACUCCUAAGUUUUCGAACCUAGAUUUUGAUAAAGUCUAUGAACCAGCAGAAGAUACUUUCCUCUUGCUUGACUGUUUUGAAGGCCAAAUCCAAUAUUUGAAUACCCAAUUCGGUCCUGGUUCGACUCCAGUAAUAACAGAAAUAGGUACUGGUUCCGGUGUGGUAACUACAUUUGUGUGUCAACAUGUAUUUCCGUAUGGGAUAGUCCUAAGCACAGAUAUUAAUCCACACGCUUGUCUGGCCUUCAUGGAUACGGUUACCGAAAAUAGCAUCGUCAACCCAACGGUUGAUACUUUACAAAUGAGCUUAACUUCGGGUAUACGACCUAAUGCAAUCGAUGUUCUCAUCUUCAACCCCCCGUACGUUCCAGCAGAAGAGGUUCCUCAAAUACCGGAAUCCCUACAAGACUCGAAAUGGCUUGACUUGGCCCUUAGUGGGGGAGAAGACGGGAUGGAAGUCACUUGGAUUCUACUCCAUCAAUUGGACCAUAUACUAUCGAAGAAGGUGGGCAUUGCAUACAUUCUUUUCUGCGCUAGAAAUAAACCAGAAGAGGUUGCUAACUACAUGAGACAACAAGGAUGGAUAGUGGACGUUGUUAUUCAUCGUAAGGCUGGUUGGGAAGUAUUAAGCAUCUUAAGAUUUAAGAGGAAUGAAUCUUAA